ACAAAAGAAUCCAUUGAAAGUGAAACGGGGGCCAGGCAGAUGGUACGGCUAAAUUUAAAUGGCGAGCCAUUCCCACUCCAUAUAUUAACGAAACUGGCCCGAUCGGCUCAAGAAUCGAAAGUCUGUUAUGAAUUCAACACUCGUCGUCCAAGUAAUGGUGUCAGAUUAUUUGAAUAAAAUUUUUUUCAUUGUUAAUUGUUUUAAUUUCAAUAAAAUAUAAUAAGCUUUGUUUCUCCUUUUAUGUUAUAAAAGACAAAGAGUAAACUCAGAUGCUUGACCAACUUAAAGAUGGAUUUCUCCGAAAUCAUUACACAGUUUUAGAUCUCCGAAUUUGCAGAACUUUGUAGUCUAGUCUCUAUAAUUUAUGCUCAAGUGUAGGCCACACUUCAGAGCUGUCCAAAGCAUCGUUUAGUUUCCAAAGAUGUGGCCGGUUGGGCUGUUGCUUCUACUCCUGCCCUUGACCAGUGGCCGCCAGGUGGGAAAAUGCAGUCUAAUGAGGCAGCUUUAUCGAUACGGAGUUCCCUACAAUGAGCUGCCCGACUGGAUGUGCCUAGUGGAGGGCGAAAGUUCCUUCAAUUCGAAGGCCAUCAAUCCCUCAAACGUCGACGGUUCUGUGGAUUGGGGACUAUUCCAGAUAAACGAUCGUUAUUGGUGUAAGCCGGCAGAUGGACGGCCCUCUACGGAUCUCUGCCGCCUGCCCUGCAGACUGCUCAUAAGCGACGAUAUCCGGUACUCAAUAGCCUGUGCGAAAUACAUUAGAAAACAGCAAGGAUUCUCAGCAUGGGUGGCCUGGAACAACCGCUGCCAGGGCGUCAAGCCAAGAGUCAAUCACUGCUUCAAGAGGAGAUACAGAAAUUCUGGCUAAACUCAUUUCUGUAGUGAUAGGAAGUCAAAAAAAAUAAAGAAAAAUUAUGAAUAUCAUAA